AUGGCUUCUUCACGUAUUUUAAUUAUUUUUACAAUAAUUUUAUCAUUUCAGAAGUAUGAAGUUCAUAGUUUGAAAAUUCUUGGAAUAUUUCCAUACCCGGGAAAAAGUCAUUUUGUUAUGAUCGGUGCAUUAAUGAAAGAAUUGGCCCAACGAGGCCAUCAAGUUGACGUUGUUAGUCAUUUUCCAUUAACAAAUCCUAUAGAAAAUUAUACAGAUUUAAGUAUACGUGGUUCAAGAUCUAUAUUAGUAAAUAAAGUUACCUAUGAAACAACAGUUGAAUUUAAUAGUUUAGCUCUCUAUUCAGUAGUUGAAUUAUUAGGAACAGGAGUCUGUGAUCUUUUAUACCAUGAUGUAUUUCAAAAUCUUAUAAAAAAUCCUCAGUCAUACGAUGUUCUCAUCAUAGAGAUCAACUUUGCUGAUUGUUAUCUUGCGUUUGGAAAACAUUUGAACACUCCGAUAGUUGGAAUACUAACAGGAAAAUUGGACGAAUGGUUAUAUGAGCCAUUUGGCGUUCCGUACAACCCUUCUUUUACGCGUAACUCACACGCAAGUAUAACCAGAGAAAGAACAUUUUUUGAAAGAUUAGAAAAUUUCGUAUUGUAUUUAUUUACCACGUCGAAAAUAAAAUAUUACAUGGAUGCAGAGAUAGAACAUGUUAAAAAAUAUUUUGGGCGUCAGCUUAAUUCUAUAAGUGAUUUAUAUAAAGAUGUGUCCUUAGUUCUUAUAAAUUGGCAUCACAGCCUGGAUAUUAUGUCAGCACCACCGAGAAUUGUUGAAGUUGCCGGUCUUCAUGUACAUGACAGUGGAGAAAAAAUAUCUCCAGAUAUCAAAUCAUGGCUUGAUGAAAGUCAUUAUGGUUUUAUAUAUUUUUCAUUUGGUUCAAUGGUCAAGUUAGAAAGCUUUCCAAAAAAUAUUCUUGAAGCCUUUUACAAAAUGUUUGAAAGAGUUGCACCAGUUAGAGUGUUAUUGAAGGUAGCUGACGUUGAUGACAUGCCAAGUGGACUUCCAGAAAAUGUUAAACUUUCAUCUUGGUUGCCCCAAAUUGCAAUCCUAAAACAUAAAAAUAUCAAGGUAUUUGUUACUCAUGGAGGCAUGAUGGGGACUCAGGAAGCGAUUACUUAUGGUGUACCUAUGGUUGGAAUUCCUAUUUUUCGGGAUCAAUUCAUAAAUCUACAUGCUUAUGAACAACGGAAAAUUGCUAUUGUCGUGAAGCUUGAUAAUUUAACUGCUGAUUCACUUACUGAUGCGGUAAAUAAAAUACUCAGAGAUCCAACAUACAAUGAAAAUGUUAAAAAAAUGUCAUCGCUUUUCCUUGAUCGACCCAGUAGUCCAAUGGAUACAGCCAUUUAUUGGGUUGAGUACACUGCGAGACAUGGAAACGUUUUACAAUCCCCGGGAUUAGAAUUAUCGUGGUGGCAACUUUAUUUUGUUGAUAUUAAUUUAUUUUUUACCAUUUGUAUUAUAUUCAUCAUUUACAUUAUUCGAUUAUUUUUCAAAUUAUUGUCAAAAAUUAUAAACAUAAGAAAACUCAAUAAUCAAAAUUCACACAUCAACUCUAAGACAAAGAAAAAUAAAUAA